GCGGCGGACUCAGGUGGCGCCUCCUCUGCCGCCCCACGCCUCGGAGCCACAGCGGCGGUGACAGCCGAGGAGCAGCCCGGGCCGCCUCCUUCCAUCACCCGGGCCGCGGCCGCUGCUCUCAUGACAACCGAGCCCUGCUCGGCGGCGGGGGACCUGUACGCGUGCGCAGGACUGCGUCGCGACCUUGACCCCGGAUGCGCCUGAGUCCAGGCAAGCCCCGCCCCACGCCCCGGGCUUCUGGGUAAUGUAGUUUACGAGGGGCGGCCGGGCCUCAGUCGGUUCCAGGGAAUCCCAGCUACUGUCUGUGUCCAGGCGGCCACCAACACCUCGAGGAUGUUUGCAAUGUUCCAGAAACCUAAGACCUUCAAGCUGCGGGCCCUGCAUAGCGAGAAGAAGUUCGGAGUGGCGGGUAGGAGCUGCAAGGAAGUGCUGCGGAAAGGAUGCCGCCAGUUCCAGCUCCCCGAGUCUGGCUGCCGCCUGUGCCUGUAUGAGGAUGGCACCGAGCUGACUGGAGACUACUUCCCGAGUGUCCCUGACAACUCAGAGCUCGUGCUGCUCACCGCGGGCCAGACCUGGCAGGGCUAUGCCAAUGACAUCGGUCGCUUCCUCAGUGUGUUUCACAAGCCGCACGUGGGCGUCAUCCAGGCUGCCCGACAGCUGCUCUCCGAUGAGCAGUCCCCCCUGAGGCAGAAGCUGCUGGCGGACUUCCUUCACAAUGUCAGUGAGAACAUCGCGGCUGAGACCAGAGCUGAGGACCAGCAGUGGUUUGAGGGUUUGGAGUCCCGAUUUAGGAACAAGUCAAGCUAUUUGAGAUACAGCUGCGAGAGCCGGAUCCGGAGUUACCUGAGAGAGGUGGCGUCAUGUGCCUCCAUGGUGAGUGCUGGGGCCCAGGAGGAGUACACCAGGAUCCUCGGCCGCAUGAGCCAGAAGCUGAAGUCUGCGCAGUACCACGGCAGCUACUUUGACAGAGGGGCCCGAGCAGAUGACCGCCUCUGCACACCAGAGGGCUGGUUCUCCUGCCAGGGUCCUUUUGACAUGGACGACUGCUUGUCUAAACACUCCAUCAACCCCUACAGCAACCGAGAGAGCAGGAUUGUCUUCAGCACCUGGAACCUGGAUCACAUAAUCGAAAAGAAACGCACUAUUGUUCCGACACUGGCCGAAGCAGUUAAAGAACAGGACGGAAGAGAAGUGGACUGGGAGUACUUUUACAGCCUGCUGUUUACCUCAGAGAAUCUAAAAUUAGUGCACAUCGCCUGCCAUAAGAAAACCACCCACAAUCUCAUCUGUGACCCCAGCAAGAUCUACAGACCCAAGGUCGGGUUGAAGAAGAAGCGGCCUGCUCGGAAACGCACGUGACCUCAGCACCCCGUGUUGGGACCUCGCAUGAGCCCAUCAGUGACAUGCCCUCCUUUUUGCUCUUGCUGCAGGACCUUGCCCGGGC